AUGGAGUCAGGAGAGAAGACACUGCUUGGCCCCUUGAAUGGAACAUUUACAUUUAAAAAACAUGCAGACGGUGCUGUCGAUAAGAGCGUCGUUCUCUGCAGUUUCUGCCAUAAGGAAUUUUCCUACCAUCGGAGUACCUCAAGCCUGAAAUAUCACCUCAACGCAAAGCAUGCAAAGUAUGUAGCAGUGACCCCGGGGGUCCGAGCUAGCACAGCCCCUGACGCUGGAGCUAGCAGUCAGCCUCAACAAGCCACACUCGACCCGGCGUUCAGCUGCAGGCUGACUCGGCAGAUCGACACCGUGUCGGCACCCAAACCAGAGCCGGUGUGGGAUGAGAUGGAGAAGGUAGAGGCAAUGGGCGGGGCAGAGAUAGAGGUGGAGGUGGAGGACUCUGUUCAGGCCACACAGUGGCGGCGUGACGACCAGCCCGGGCCAGGCGAUCGGGCGAUGCUGGAGGCGCAGCAGCGAGGCUUCGACAUGCUGCAGCGGGAACUCGGAGCCCUGCGGCGCACCAUGAACACACGUCUGCGCAGGAUGGAGAGCAGGGUUUACCCUCUGCUGGUGUCUGUGGAGGACAGUCUGCGCAGACUCGCUAACGCAGCCGAGCGCUGGGCUCCUUCUCCAGGAGACACGGGGUCUGCGACUGCAUCUGCACAACCCACGGACCCGCCGCGCUGCUUACGCAUGCGCACCAGAGGGAGGAGAGGAAGGUCCAUAAAUAUCUGGCUGUGAUGUUUUUAUUAUUA